GGCUCAAUAUGGGGAAAUUUGGGUUGCAGUUUAAAGCGACAUUGGAGAAUGUAACAAACGUAAGGCCGGAGGGGGACGAUUUCCGCUGGUAUUUAAAGCUGAAGUGUGGGAAUUGUGGUGAGGUGUCGGAUAAAUGGCAGUACAUCACCUUACUGGACAGCAUGCCACUGAAAGGAGGACGAGGGAGUGCUAGCAUGGUGCAGAAGUGCAAACUCUGUUCUCGAGAAAACUCAAUAGAUAUCAUGAAGGACACAAUUACACCUUACAAUGCAGAAGACAGUGAAAGGUUUAAGACAAUGGUGCAGUUCGAGUGUCGAGGGCUGGAACCUGUCGAUUUUCAACCUCAAGCUGGUUUUGCUGCUAGUGGAGCAGAAACCUCCUCUCAGUUCCCUGAAAUCAAUCUGCAAGAGAAGGACUGGACAGACUACGACGAGAAAGCCAGUGAGUCUGUGGGGAUCUACGAGGUCACACAUCAAUUCAUCAAGUGCUGAUAAAUAAAGAAGCCAGAUUUAAAAAAA